AUGAUAUAACAGAUUAAAUAUUACAAAAACUUAGAAGAAUUUAUAAACUCUUCACUCUCAUCUCAUUUGGUUCUUCAUAUUGAUCUGAGUGAGAAUUAAAUUGGUGAUUAAGAUGCAUCAGGUUUAGGUUCUGCUUUAGCAAAUUGCACUAAUCUCUCAAAUUUGACCCUUGAUAUUAAUAGGAAUUAAAUUGGUGCAAUUGGUGCAUCAGACUUAGGCUCUGCUUUAGCAAAUUGCACUAAUCUCUCAAAUUUAACACUUAAUCUUUGUGAGAAUUAAAUUGGUGAUUAAGGUGUAUCAGGCUUAAGUUCUGCUUUAGCAAAUUGCACUAAUUUCUCAAAUUUGGCACUUAAUCUUAGUUGGAAUUAAAUUGGUGUAAUUGGUGCAUCAGACUUAGGUUUUGCUUUAGCAAAUUUCAGUAAUCUCUCAAAUUUGACACUAAAACUUAGGUAAAACCAGUAUAUUUGUUUAGAAUUGUGA